GGAGAAGGAGAAGGAAAUGGAGGUGGGGGUUUGAGUGAUUGGCCCUUGUGCUUUUUCUUUUCGAUAAGGAGGUGAAGGUGGUCGGUUUUCUGGGAAAAUGACCCUGUCGUCCUGGAGAUGCUCCCCUCCCUCUUAUUUACUAAUACCUUUUCUCUUUCUCGAUUCUUCGACUCGGCUACCGUUUUUCAAGGCUGGGUAUUUCGCCCGAUCGCUUUUUUUAGUUUCAGCCGUCGAGCGUUUCUUUGAUAGGACUCGAAGCUUGAGGCUUGUGGUUGAAUCGGUUAUUCAAGUCUAGGGCUGGUCCUGGUGUUCGUUUUAGUACUUCUGUGUUACUUCCUUCCUCGUGGCCAUCCUCGUCCUCAUCCAUAUCCACAUCCAUAUCGUCGUCCUUGUAUCUUCGGGAUGUUGCCCACUCCCCCUCGUAGCCGUUUUCAUCCGCAUCCGCAUCGUCGUCCUUGUCCUUUUUUAUGUUCAAGUUCAUUUGCGUCCAGUCAUCAUUCGACGUCUUUGAAACGCGACCUCGUUUGCAACUGCGCCCAAUCCUACUCCCUUCCCGCCAACUCGUAUUUCGACUUGUCAAUCACCUUGAAUCCGAGUUCUGCUCGAGUCUCCCCUUCCUUCUCUCGGCGUCAGCGUCAGCGUCUGAAUUGUCUCCUAAAAAGGCUGUUCAACAAGACUUUUAAAACCCUCGCUGCACUAAGUAUUAUAUUCCCAAAUCGCGCCCUCACUCCUUUCGCUCUGUCUCCAGUUCCAAAGAUUCGCUUUUACCCCAAAAUCGCCCCCGUCAGUGGGAACGUGUAGUUCCAAUGUGAUUGUUUACUUUUUGCCCAGAAGUGUGGCUAGUGGUAGUACUGUAUCCAAAGUUUUGGUGUGUAGGAUAGCUAGUAGUGGCUUUGGCGAUGGUCGACGGUGUUUGUUUUUUACAUGAACGUGUAGCAAGUGUGGUGGUUUGCGAAAAUCGUGUUGUUUUAUACUGUAGUUGCACUAUUAAAUGUUAGAAGUUUCGU